UCAGCAGCAGCAGUAAAGCAAAACACACACACACUCUCUCUCUCUUCUCACUAAAGCACAAAUCCUACUCUUAUCAUCCUGUCUUGUUGCCUCCCUUGUGCCUCCUGCUCGCAGACGACGCAGCCGAGGGGAGAGAGAGAGAGGAGGAGCAAGCGAAAGCUUUGGCGUGCCCCGGCCCCUUGCUAAAAUGUGAUGUCCAAUCCAUGGGAUUGCGUCUAGUUUAGUCCCCCCCACCCCCUCCUCUCCUGGUUAUGGGAUCCGGCGAGGUGGAUGGACGCGCAUUGGAGCCGGAGCAGCACCAGUAGCGGCGGGGAAGAAGGCGGGGGAUCUGGAUCCGAGGCACCACCACCGGGUUACGCACGGAGGAGACGCCGGAGGAGGAGGAGGAGGAGGUGGAGGCGGGCAGGAGGAAGCAGAUGAGCAGCAGCAGCAGCAGCAGCACGACCACCGGCUUCUGCAGCUCCACCAGGGGGCGCAGGAGCAAGAACCGCCGCCUGUCCCCGUCUUCCACCUCCAGCACCUCCAGGCGGCGUCGGUGAGGCAGUCGGGCUCGUCCGCCGAGUAUGCCCUUCUCGCGCCCAUGGGCGACGCCGGCCAGUCCCACCACCACCACGGGUUCCAGACGCAGCUCCUGUCCUUCGGAGGCGGCGUCGGCCACCACCACCCGCUGCACCAGUUCACCGCGCAGGCCACGCAGCCACAGGCCACCGUCGCGUCCCACACGAGGGGGCGCGGAGGAGGCGGUGGCGGCGGCGAGAUUGUUCCCGCGACAACCACGCGGUCGAGGGGCGGCGGCGGCGGGGAGAUCGUGGCGGUGCAGGGCGGGCACAUUGUGCGGUCGACAGGGCGCAAGGACCGGCACAGCAAGGUCUGCACGGCGCGCGGGCCGCGCGACCGCCGCGUGCGGCUGUCGGCCCACACCGCCAUCCAGUUCUACGACGUGCAGGACCGGCUUGGGUACGACCGGCCCAGCAAGGCGGUGGACUGGCUCAUCAAGAACGCUAAGGACGCCAUCGACAAGCUCGACGUGCUGCCGGCGUGGCAGCCCACGGCCGCCGCCGGCAAUGCCGCCGCGCCGCCGUCCUCCUCGACCCACCCCGACUCCCCCGAGAACUCCGACGACCAGGCGCAGGCCAUCACCGUCGCGCACACAGCGUUCGACUUCGCCGGCGGGGGCAGCGGCGGGACCAGCUUCCUCCCUCCGUCGCUCGACUCGGACGCCAUAGCCGACACGAUCAAGUCGUUCUUCCCCAUGGGUGGCACCGCAGGCGGGGAGGCGUCGUCGUCCACCGCGGGGGCGCAGUCGUCGGCCAUGGGUUUCCAGAGCUACACACCUGACCUCCUGUCCCGCACCGGCAGCCAGAGCCAAGAGCUCCGGCUGUCGCUGCAGUCCUUACCCGACCCCAUGUUUCACCACCACCAGCAGCAUCGGUCGCAGGGCCAUGGCGGCGGCAAUGGCACCACGCAGCAGGCUCUCUUCUCCGGCGCCGCCAAUUACUCGUUCGGCAGCGGCGCCAUGUGGGCCGAGCAGGCGCAGAACCAGCGCAUGGUGCCGUGGAACGUGCCCGACCCUGGCGGCGGCGGCGGUGGUGGCGGGAGCACCGGCGCCUACCUGUUCAACGUGUCGCAGCAAGCGGCGCAUAUGCAGGCGGCGGCGCUCGGUGGCCAGAGCCAGUUCUUCUUCCAGAGGGGACCCCUUCAGUCCAGUAACCAGCCCUCCGAGCGAGGAUGGCCGGAGACCGUCGAAGCCGACAACCAGAUGAGCCACCACCAAGGAGGGCUGAGCCCCUCCGUGUCGGCGGCCAUCGGGUUCGCUCCCGGCGUCAGCUUCUCCGGUUUCCGCCUCCCCGCAAGGAUACAGGGCGACGAGGAGCACAACGGCGGCGGCGGCGGCAAUGGCGAUAAGCCGCCGCCGUCGUCUGUCUCCUCAGCUUCUCACCACUGACCGCAGCAGUGGAGGGCAGAUGACUUCACCACCAACCACACCAUGAGCACCACGCACAUACAUCAGCUAGCUCCUCCACUUUCCAUCACGGAAUUGGCCAUUGCAUCCGGGAGGAGAAAAAGUUUGGAGCGAGCUAGCACAAAGUGCACUACUGAUGCUACUUUAUCGGCUGGCUGGUUGGUUGGUUUUCCAUCUCUUCUGCUGCUGCGCGUGUCAUUGGUUUUUGCUUCAAGAAUUCACUCGGAGCUUCUUAGAAAAUUAGGCUUGUGAGAACGCAGCACACCAUGGCAAGAGCUUCGGCUUAGCUUAGCUAGCCCCCGUGUGUUGCGUUUGCGCUAGGUGUAGUUGUUGAUCAAUGUAGGUUCGAGAGCUUGCUUUGCUUUACUUUGUUUUGUUUCUUUUACUCUUUUGUUGUUGAUGCAUGGACAUGCUUUUGGUUCCUCCUGUGGGUUCAGGAGCAGUUGCUGCUAGAUCGAUGUUGUUCUCAAAACUGAUAAGUGGAUGAUGGAUUGGGAGAGGAGCCUAUAUCUUUCAUCUUUUUCCCAAAACUUGAGGUUCUUUUGUUUACUGUGGCAAAUCUUCCCCCGAAGUGUUUUUCUUUAUGCUAUCCAAGUAUAUAU